UCAGGUUGCCCUGCUCUUGGCCACCCACCGUCACCUUUGCGCUCGAUCCUGGGCGCUUGUGAUGUUCGCGCGACUCACAGCCAUCGCGUCUCCUCUCACUGGCUCAACCAAGUCGUCCCCAAUUUCCAUUCACGACUCGGUGCCUUUCCCCGAUCGCAAAGUUUUGCAAGAAGAGAAACCGCUGCCCCCAACGCCCGGUUUGCGAUUCGCUCGCGCAGGCUCGUUGGAAUACACUGAAUACGACCAACAAGUGCCGCCGACGCCCGGUCUGAAACCCAGUCCUCCGAGCAUCGCUCAGCUCGCGCUUCCCUCACCGGAGGAAACUUCGCCAUCCAGCUCAUCAAAUACAUCGCAUGAACCUUCGAACUUGAAUGAGCUCGUUAAAUAUGGCGUCUCAUCACCCAAGCGUCCGAAUAGGCUGCGAAAGAAGGCCCCGCCGUCGAGCUAUCCGUUUUCCUUUAUUCCUGAUGACCCGUCACCGACUGUCAGCUUCCCAUACGCCUUUCACCGCUCCUCCCCCACCAGCCGUUCAAGCAGCUUCAUCUCUCCACCCAGCCGCUCGAUGUCUGUGAAUGGUAUUGCGCGGAUCACUCGCAAGCUCACGAAACGCCGACCUUCGUCGUCAGAGCCUACCGACGCGGCUGUUCCGGAUGAUCAAAACCCGCGUUUCGAAGAGGAUCAGCCGGGAAUCGCCCCUCUCCAGCGCCGAAGCACGUUCAACUUUGGUCUGGGACGUCGAAGAUCUUCAGUCACCACCAAUCUCGGAACGUACACGCAGAGCGAGGACGGUCACUAUUCAUUACCUCCCGUGAAGCGUGCAGGCCGUUCUGCGCUGAAUAUCCCCACGUUCCAGCUAUUCCAGACUACCCGACGUGAUUCCUGGCAUGCUCAGAGUGCUUCUCAGCCUAAUGUGCCAUCUUCACCCAGUGCCGUCGGUACCGACGCUCUAUCAGAAGUUCCGUGGACCGGUGUGGUGUCAAAGGCUUUGGACGUGCAGACUGAACGGAACGGUUGGAAAUCCACUUGGAGUCUGUCCCUGGAUGAUGGAGAACAUAUGCUCCGCCCCAAACCCCGUUUCACUCUUGGCGACGAAAGCGAAAGCCCGCGAAGUUCGAGUCCGACCCUCUCGUCUCGACCGCCUCUCCUCCGCAGACAUGCCGUUGUCACAGCCCCCAAGCGACGUUGGACGCUUGCCAUGGCGCUUACAGACGAAGGGAUCUCUGAUGAGCUCUUAGUUGAAAAGCUAGAAGCGCUGCGUUCACGAUCGCGAGUAGGGUCUGUUGUGGAAGCUGACGAUUGGGACAGUGUUUGGGCUGCUUACAACGACGAGCUCGAGGAAGAUGAUUCCCAACUGCCGUUGCCGACAUCGAAAGAGUUUGAUAACCCGAGUCUACCUCCCAUCCGCACAACAUCGAUGCCGGUGUUACCAAGCAGCACCACUGCGACAUGGCAGAGCGCCCGUCGUGCCCUGCUGACAUGCCGAGAGCUGGUGCGAACAGAGCGUCACUAUCUUUCGUCUCUGCAGACGCUAUUGACUGGUGGAACACGAAUGCGACCUCCUCCGUUGAUGCACGCCUACGCCGUCGGCCUUGCGGUCGAAAGUGCAGGCCUUUUACGACGAAUGGAAUCGGAUCCGAGUGCUUGGGGUGUCGCUGCCGCGUUCUUAGGAGCAGAGGAAUCGCUCGAGGCUGCGCUCGUUGCCUGGUGUGGUGUAGUGGGCGCUUGGUUCUCGGAUGAGAAAACCGAAUCGCGCACCUCCAAACGGCUAAGCAAGACGCGUGCUCCUGAUAGUUCAAUCAGUGAAUCGGCAGCGAAAGACGAAGAGCCGAGGCUGUCUUGGCGUCGAAGCAGUCUGACUGCUUCGAUUAGGACCCUGUCCAAACCCUCGGCCCCGCCUGACAUUCCGCCUGUUGUCCCUGCAGUUCCCUUGAAAGUGGCGAUACCCACUGCCGAGCAGUUGUCUGCGAUGACACCUUCCCCAUCCUCCUCAUCCAAGAAGUCGGGAAAAGAAAAAGAUCUGCGUCCGAACGUUCGAGACCUCGCGAUUGCGCCGACGCAGAGAGUUAUGCGCUAUGUGCUGUUAUAUCGAGACCUACUCGACCACACUCCAGCAUAUAGCGCAGCUCGACCGCUUGUCUCUCAAGCAUUGGAUACUGCCAUGAGAAUAGCCCAGCGGUGUGACCGUGCCCAGGGCAAUUCUGCCUUCCUCCGGACCAUGUCGGGUCCACCUAGCUAUUUGACGAACCUCUUCGCGCCAAAUGAAUCAGAGGCCAUGCAAAUACGCCCACGUGUGACUCUUACAUUUGCGCAGUCGUUGGAUGCCAAGAUCGCUGGUGCACUCGGCGCACAGCUCAUCCUGAGCGGUAAGGAGAGUAUGGUUAUGACGCAUUGGCUUCGAACCAUGCACGAUGGCAUCCUCGUUGGCAUUGGCACCGCCCUCAACGACGAUCCCCAACUGAACAGUGCGCCUCUCCGCAUUUGUCUUGCGUGGUUCACGCUGAAACUCCCAGCCCUCGCACUGUAG